GGCCAUGGUUAUCAAAUGCAAUUCGCAGAGGGAAAGAGUUCAAGAACAUUCACAAGUUAAACGAGUUGAAGGACCACAUGAACCACAAAUUGUAGAAUAUAUUGCGGAUGUAGAAAUAGAAGAAGAUAAUUUUGAACCUGAAAAAUGCAUGGUUGAUAAUGAAGGAGGGAUCACGGUCGAUUUCAGUUAUAAAAGAAAGCUGCAGAGUUUUGGAAAAUCGAAAAAAAGGCCAGUCUACCUUUAUCUAGUGUACAGUCACGUUUUCGCAAGGUUAAAUCUAUACACCAGCUAUAAUACAAGUGGGAGACGAGUGUAAAGAGAGGUGGAACAAAUACAGAUAAACUUGCAUUUAUUACGCAAUAUAUGUUCAGCAAAAGUUUGAAGAAGUUUGUGAUAGAAGGUUUGUCAUUCAUGACAUGAAUUUAAGAUUUUGGGCCUUACAGGCAAAAGAUCAAGUGGACCUACCCGAAUUUUUUAUUUAAACGAAUAAGUUUUAAAUCUGAUCUCAGAUUCGUAAUCAGUAAUUUUAAAAAUUCCUAUAUUCUGCAUUAAAUUUUACUUUUUAUACAUUAUUAUUUUAUUUAUACAUAUGAGGAUAAAAAAAUAAAAGGAUAGUAACUGUCUUUAAAAUGGCUUUAAGAUAUGGCCGAUAUGGAUAAGAUAUUAUAUUUUUGUAGUUCCACAUUUGUGACAAAGAAAGAAAUCGUGUUCUCACUUAAAUAAGUUUAUUGUUAGUUGCAACGAUUCAGUUAGAUAUAUAAUAAAUCACUUUUAAUCGAUCAUAGAGAAUUUUGAUACAAUGGAUGAUAAUAUAGCAUACACAGUACUAUUUACAAAUUUUGUAUUAGAUAAAUAUAUAUUAUAUA